CACAUGUGUUUGUCCUGUACUAGAUAUUCCACCAGUUAUUUCUUGCAAGUUUGACCCUGAUUGAAGAAGUUCCAGCAUGAUUAAUGUUCUCUAGUGACUCGUGUUCAGCUUGUGGUCAGUCAUUUUAUCACAUAUUCUAAACAUUUUCUCAGGCGCUAAUAACUAUGCCAUGUUAGCCUAGAUUAGAGGAGAGAAGAGGAGGGAUGCUCACACUUCCUGUCUCAGAGAGUUUGGUUGUUCGACAUGUAAAUGCCGACACGCUCGUUACACUUCCACUUCUGCUAAUACGUGUACCAAAAAAAGGAGUGUGUGAGAGAGAGAAAGAAACUUGUCUACACAUCCUUGUGUCGUCAUUCUACCAGACACCUCUGUAGGCGCUAACGCUAUCACUCCCUAGUCUUCAAGGCAGAAGAACUCGCCGGGUUUAAGGUGGACUGCUCAACAGCUUCGGGCUCUGUGAGUGUCAUUCUGCUGGUUUCAUCAGAUCAGGAGAUACAUGGAGGCGCAAAACAGAAGUCAGACUGGGAGCCCAGCAGGUCUGUGCACUCCUAUGCCUACUCCACGUUUGGGGACAUUUAAAAUAGAGGCAGGAAAUGGAACAAAUGUGGGCACAGUGAUGACUUUACAGUGCCCUUUUCUGUACCGUGCUGUCAGUGGUGGCUUGAUUUCCUGUGAGCAGGGAAAUAGCGGCGCACAAUGGACUGGGAGUAUCCCUGAUUGUAAACCACUCCAAUAUGAUGAAAAGAACUUACGCCUGGCUCUGCUUUUGUCUACUGUAAGCAUAGCCAUCAUACUGUUUAUGAGCAUAAUCUUCAUCGUUCCGUGUUUGCUGAAGCAUGUGAAGAGAGACUAUAUGAGACAACUAGAAAGGGAAAGGAAUAGGGAAGCAGCCAGACUUUGGCACCAAUUAAAUGAAGAGGAACAGAGAGAAUCUUUCUAUAAUCAGAAUGGCAGAAUCAACAACAACAACAACAACAACAACAACAACAGCAGCAGCAGCAGUAGACAGGAGCAACAUCAAAGGUGUUGUCAGAAAAACUACCCUGAUCCUGUAACCAUCCACCACUUGCAGCCUACCCUGAAAAAAAGCCCCCCCCAACUGCCCUGUGUAUAACCAGAUAUAUUAGCUGUACCAUACAACCUCAUAUAUCACACUUUCCACCCAUUUUCUAUGGUGGGAUAUGAUUCUAACUUUGGACAAUCACCAUGGAACUGAGCCAUACCAUCAGCACACAGGCGGGUCAGGUCUCUGCUGAGACUGGGCAGAGAAACUUUGAAAAGGGAAACAUCCGCAUGCCCCACAAAUCUGGGCUGUAUCUGUAUCUGUUCUUCAGCAAUUAUAGAUGAACCAUUAAUAUAGUUAAUGAGAUUAUUAAAAAAAAACAAAAAAAAAACAAACAAACUUAUAGCUAUGAGCCAGCAGACAGCUUGAACUUGACCAAGAAUGAAAUGUGCAUUAACACAGUUGUUACAUGAUGUUCUUGUAGCCUAAGGAAGUUGGACAACCUGAAAAAACCUCCAAAAAUCUGAACAAAUGUCCAUAUUAUGUGUUGCUUGCCCCAAUCUGAAGAAAUAUUCAACUGCUAUAAUGACAAUUUUACUUAUGUAUUUUUGUUCCUAAUUAUUUUAUUUUGAGAAUCAUUUAAAUGUUCCCUAUUCUUAAACUACACUUUUCUGUACAAAGUUCUGUACAGUUAUGACAUGAAUCGACAUUGCUAUGUUGUUACAGUGACCUUUCAGUCCUUUACUUUAUAAUUGUUGUACCAUGUUGCAGUGUUAUUGUUCCAAAAUUCCAGUGAGAAACAAAGCUGUUUUGAGAAGCGUUUGAAAUUACACUAUAUGGCCCAUAUGUGCUUGCUGAACACCCAGUUCCAAUUAUUAUGGACUUGGGGCCCUAUUUGCCGCUAUUAAAACCCUUUACUCUUCUGGGAAGGCUUUCCACUAGAUUUUGGAAUGUUGUUUGGGGAUUUGUGCCCAUUAACCCACAAGAGCAUUAGCAAGGUUGGGCACUGAUGACCGGCAAGAAGCCCUGGUGUGGAGUCAGUGUUCCACUUGAGCCCAAAGGUGUUCAGUGAGGUUAACCCUUGUGUGUCCUAAUGGACAUUUUUAUCUCUUUCAUUUUUGUUGUGUUAAUGCAAACAGCACAACUUUUGCAAAGGGUGGUUUUUAUAUUGGAAUUUUAAUAUUUCACUCUCAUUUGCUUUCAUAAAUCUAUUUUAAAGUAGGUACACAAAAUAGUUACACUUGAGGACUAAAAUGUCCUCAAUGAAACCCAUUCAAACUGCAAUAUUUAAUCCCUGUGACAUUUAAGCGUAUGUAACUGGUUGUUGUCUGCGUUGUGUUUUCUUUUAACCAAAUAAAUAGGUGGGCGGCAACUGGGUUGACUCUCCAUUUACUCUCUGACAAAGAGAUAACAUACAGUAUGUCUCAUUCGCCCUCAACAUUUCUCUCCCAUGCAAAAAUUUCUGCAGUCAGAAAAUUAAAGGGGAAGAUGCACACAUACAGACAGUCACUUCAGGUAUACAUUUUUUGUGUAAUUCUAUAUAUUUAAUGUAUAGAAUAAUUUCCAUACCUGUUACACAUAAAAUCAUGCAUUCUGUAUUAAUAGGCUUUUAUUUUGUUGACAAGGUUUCAAAACAUUGAAUUUUUAAGAAAUUUCUGAAAUGUUUACUAUUUUCUCAGGUUUUGCCUCUGGGGAAAAUCCAUGCUUUUCCUUUUUUCUGAUUCUGCUGUAUUAUAGAGCACUGCAGACCAACUGAAUAAAUGAUGCAGCUAUAA